AUGUUUGCCCUGUACCAGCAGAGCAACAGCGACGCCGAAUCCAAUUACCUCCAUGUUUACAAGCGCAUUGACAAGUGCGGGAAGUGGGCGGAAGUCCGGCGCACCCUCAACAAGGCCAAGGAGACCUACAAGCCGGACGCGCCGGCUCCGGGCGCGUCAGAAGGGCGGCCGGACGGCAAUAAAGGUGCCAAGAAGGGGAAACGCGCCGACGCGGCCACCGCUCGAGUGCAGGAGUCCAUCGAGCACUGCCUCGCCGACGCACAGGCCCGGGCCGUCCUUCGUGAAGAGAAGACCGAUGCGCGGUGGUCGGCGUUGAUGUCGAGCAGCGCCACCAAGCUCGACCUACUCCGGACCAAUGUCGCCGUGAAGAAGAGAAACACCAACCUGGCUUUCCUGCUGGGCGGGGCGGACAUGCUCCAGAGCAACGAUGAGGCGUUCAAGGCGUGGUACUUGGCGGAGCGUGGCCUCAUCCUGAACAACCUUCCCUCGAGGACGCCGCCGAUGCCGCCGCCGCCGCCAAGCCCGCGUGAUGAUGCCUCCACGACGCCCAGCAGCACUGAAGCCGCGCCGACGCCGCCGCCGCCGCCAAGCCCGCGUGAUGACGCCUCCACGACGCCCAGCAGCACCGAAGCCGCGCCGACACCGCCCAGCGCAGAAGCAGCUCCGACACCGCCAAGCCCGCGCACGCCAACUCCGCCGACGCCUGGGGCCGACCCCGCUGAGUGA